UUUGAGCUUGGAGGCAAUGUUUGAUCUUCCGGAGUUGAUUGAAUUUGAUGCACAAACUUCAACAUGAAUUUUUCAGAAUGCUGGAAAGGAUCUUAUUGUUGGCUUUGGUAGCUCUUUCGCAAGCUGAUGAUCCUUGCCCUAAGGGCCAUGUGUAUGACGAAGUAACCAAAAAGUGUUACGCAUUCGUUCACGAAGCUCUUUCAUUUGCUGAAGCCAGCGUAGCAUGCCGAGAGAAAUUUGGCUAUGAGCUGAUUUCCAUUCAUGACCAGCAGCUCAAUAUAUAUGCACAACAGCUGGCUCAUGCUUUCUUCGAUAAGGACUAUGGAUCAUUUUGGAUUGGAGCGACUAGAUUAGGUUAUGUUGACUGGACGUGGACAGACAAGACUCCGUUCGAUUACAGAAACUUUGCAAAAGGUAUGAAUCCUGAGAAAUAUUGCGCUCAUUUGCGUAUUGCAGACGGGCAAUGGAUGGUUGAUGAUUGCGGACAAGGAGCCCAUCAAGCAAUGUGCUUCGGUCCCCCACCGAACUAGAUCCGAGUCAGGGUACAACCAACAGCCAACUUCGCAAAAGUGCAGUAUUUCAAUUCUACUCUCUCUUGAAACAUGUACUCUUUUUCACGAAUAAAGAAUGCUUUCA